AUGUGCAAGUACUGGAUCUUUGCAUGUGCUGCCUUGUUCCUCUUCAUAUCUCUGCAGGAAGCUGUUGUCUUUCGACUCAUCUACAUGUCCAUGUUUCUCUACUUCAUCAUCUCAUUCCAGGUGAGCUAUAGUUUUUGGCGAGCGACAAUAAAGGUGUUUUGGUGGGUGGUCAUAUUGUAUUCCAUGAUUGUCCUCGUCUGCAUAUACACCUACCAGUUCGAUGGCUUUCCAAAGCAUUGGGAAAGUUUCACUGGCAUGAGGAAAGAAAUGCUUCUGAACUUGGGUUUAAAGGAGAUCGACACGACGGAAUUGUUCAUUGACCUUUUGACCCCGACCUCGUUUCUCAUAGUGGUCAGCAUCCAGCUUCACUACUUCCAGAAUGAUUUCCUCAAGAUGAGUGACCUCAACCGGUUCAAAUCCAUGGAAAAUGAACCGGCUCCCGAAAGAAGGGAAACAGCUGACAGUGCAUUAGCUAGUAGAAGAGGUCGUAAAGAUAGGAUCCUCAUAUUUUGCACGUAUCUUUGGACUAAGUUCUACAGGUUUCUCAAUAUGACAAGUGCUGUUCUGUGGAGAUUUGUGGAGGUGCACAUCUUCAAAGUUACUGUCACUACGAUAUUCAUCUGCUGCGUCUACGAGGUGUCAGCGCUGAACACUCUCCUAGUGCUCGUGGUUGUCAUUCUUCUUCCAUUUCCUCGGUUGCAUUCCACUCUUUCCAUUCUGCAGAUGAUCUUAUCGUCUGCCAUCCUUCUCUUCAAAAUGAUCUACCAGAUGAAUAUAAUUGUCGAUGACCUCAUGACCUCAAAUUGUACUAGCAAUGAUUCUUCAGUACUCAUCCAUCCUCCAUUCGAUCAAACACUCAACAACACCAACUUCAUCGGCAUACACAAGGACAAAAAUAUGGCAAGAUAUCUCAUGAUCUACAUAAUAAUGAUCCUGAUGUUGAGCCUGGAAGCAAUAGUUCGCUACCACCAGAUCCAGCACUACCGCCAUCCUCUGCACACACCGCCCAUGGACGGCAUCGUCUUCAUGUACAUCAAGAGACAACACGCUGACCAGGGUCUUUCCCAAUGUUGCAAGUUUUUCAUCAACUACUCCUUUUACAAGUUCGGCAAAGAACUCUGCUUCAUAAUAUCCAUGACAACAAUGGUCGUUCGUCUUGAUUUGUAUUCGGUGGUGUACGGGGUCUUCCUCGGUGUGCUGCUCAUGCUCCACAGACGUCACUGCGCGUUCGUCUGGCCCGUCUACAUCAUCUUCCUGGUCAUUCUGCUCGUUGCUCAGUACCUCUCUUGUGUUGGAGCUCCUCCCGCUCUAUGUUGGGUGUACCCAUGGAGUUAUGACCUCAGCAAGAACCUCAAAAUCUUCCUCUACCUUCCUGACUAUGAGAAUCCUCCGAAUCCUCGCAAACUCAUUGGUGAUUAUUUCCAGUUACUGUUUGCCUGCUUGCAGUGGAAUGUUUUCUCCAUUGAGGCUCACAAGCUGGAAGAAUUCGGUGGAGAUGAUAAUGAGAGCAUCAUCGAUCGGCUGAACAAAAAAGUUAAAAACCCUCAAUCAGAUUUUUUAUCUUAUAAAGAUUCCUACUUGGAUUACAUAAAAACUGUGCUCUUCUUCUAUUCAUUCUGGGUGACGCUGAUGGUUGUUUUCAUAUCCGGUAUGUCUAGGAUCAGCCUCUUCUGCCUCGGAUAUCUGGUUGGCUGUUUUGUCUUCCUCUGGUUUGGGGAGGGAAUGCUGCUGAAGCCCCUGAAGAAACUUACAAACAUGUGGAUGGGUCUCUUGAUGUAUUGCUACCUGGUUCUGCUUGCUAAAUGUAUACUGCAGUUGUUAGGCUGUGUGUACAUAUCACAACUGAACCAAGAUUACUGCUGGGUCAUACAAUUGUUCAAUAUUGUCUGUCUCAAGUCUACUACCUAUGUUAUAAGCAAAUCGAACAUAUCAAAGUGCAACAUGUCGGUAGAUGAGGCAGGUUUAUCAUGGGAUGCCCUCUGUUUCGCCUUCCUCCUCUUUAUGCUGCGCAUAUUUAAGACCUGGUACUUCCAACACGUUGUCAAUGAGCUGAGGAUCAAUAACAAACUGGCUGCCAGAGGAGCUGAGCUGAUAAACAACAAGCUGAUAGAUGACAUAAACCUUCUAAGAGCCAACGAAGAGAGGGUACUGCAGAAUAUAAAAGUGAAGAUGGAUAGGAUUCGUACGAAACAUGCUGCCUGCAUGCAAACCAGGAUGCUCACCAAGGAACAAUUCGACGACCAUUACACUAUUAUAAGAUCUGGCGACUACUACAUGUUCAAGGACGUUGAUGAGGAGGACCAGGAGAUGACGGAUGGAGACACGAUGAGUGAGGAAGAAGAUUCCAACAACAAGGAGCAUGAUGAUUGGAGGAGGAAGAGGACCACCGUGGCUCCUACCACUCUGCUGGCGACAGCAUUUUUCGGAGGUGGGCCAAAAGAGGCACUUAGUUUGAUUGAGAAGACGAGCAACUUCUCUCGUAGCAUCAGCAUAAGUUCUGCCAAGGAGUACACCACACCUGAGGCAGACAUGUCGCCUACUUCAAUUCUUGAUGGAACGACGUCCACCAUGCUCGGUUCUGAGAUUGAUGAACUUCGUCCCUUCACGGUUGACGACUACCCGUCAAUGGUGACGACAUCUCUCUCCACCCAACCAGUCACAACUACUUCAUCUACCGUAGCUCUACCAGACAAAAUCACAACCACCUUCUCCACAAUCACUCCGCACACGACUACCUAUUCCAUGUCCUCCUACCUGGCACCCACCACAUCAUCUUAUCAGAAGCCUCUUCGUCACAGUGACGUCAUGCCAAGUCUUCCUGAGGUGACGUUGGAGAUGGAGAGUGAGAUGAGUCCUGUCGGAUCUAGAACCGUAUGUCCUUCAGCAGACGAUUCAACUGUGAUGGAGGGAAAGAAAGAGGAAGAAGAAAUUGAAGAGGAAGAACUUGAUGAUGAUGUGAUUGACGAAGCAACAAAAAAAGUUGAGACAGGUCUGAAGAUGUGCAAAAUUGUUCUCAUCGGAUUCAUUGACACCCUCAUCUUGCGCAUCAACAUAUCGACCAGACACUACAGAUCCGUCUCCAUGAAGCUGCAUGAGGAAAAGGAAAGGGAAAAAUUAUUAUCUAGGUUUUGCAAACUGAUUGCACUUUUUAAGGAUUCCAUGCUGAAGAUGCCAAGGGUUGAGUCGGACAUGUUGGAAGAGGAUUCAAAGGAUGGCGUUGCUGUUCUCAAAGAAGAUGAAAUAACGAACCGAAAGAGAAAGGAGAAUGAGUUUCACAACACAAUGCCUCGCAUCAUCGUUCUCAUCAUUGCCAUUUCCGAAGCGCUUGUAGCUCGCACGGACCUCCUCUGCUACUUUGCCAUGAUCUUCAACACGCUGAUGAGCGCCAGCAUCCUCUCCAUCGUCUACCCACUUUCUGUUUUCUUCUGGGGCAUGCUCAGCGUCCCCAGGCCCACAAAGUUCUACUGGGUUACUGCCAUUACCUACACUGAGGCUGGUUGCUUUUUUUAUUUCCACUUAUUUUCAUUGUACAGUGACAUGAUUUUCAUCAUAGUGAUCAAGUACUUGUUCCAGUUCAAUUUCUACCCAUGGAACAACUCAACGGAGAAGUUCGCCUGGCCGCAAAUUAUCGGCAUCGAGAAGAAGGAAAUGUAUGCUGCUCUCGACUUCUUCGUCCUCUUCUGUCUCUUCAUUCACCGGACCAUGCUGAAGAAACGUGGAUUGUGGACACAUGGGUUGAAGGAUGAUGCCAAGUACCUACGCCAACCUCAUUCGAAUAACAUCUCCAACAUAGAGUGCAACAGAGCUGGAGGCGACAAUGCACUUGCCGGCGAUGGAGAGCCAAAGAAAUUGAGUCCGUGUCAGAAGUUGUUAAAUCCCAUUAUAAACUUCUACCAACACAUCACCCAUCCGAAGUACUCAGCAGUCAACGACGUCUUUGCUCCGAUGUUCGCCUGCGAUCUGUUCACCUUUCUCAUCGUUCCUGUUCCCUUCCUAGCCAUGCUGUUGGUUCAAUUCCUGCUCAUCAUCAUCGAUCGGGCCUUGUACCUGAGAAAGUUGGUCUUUGGCAAGUUCAUCUUCCACAUCAUCCUCGUCAUCAUCGUUCACACCUGGAUGUUCUUCCUGCUGCCCAUCAUCACUGACAUACCGUUUGUAAAGAACAGAGCAGCUCAGUUGUGGUAUUUCACGAAAUGCAUCUACUUUGGGUUCUCGUGCUAUCAAGUCAGGUCUGGCUAUCCAAUCAGAAUAUCAGGAAAUUUCCUCACUAAAAAAUUCGGAUAUUUCAAUUUGUUCUGCUUUAAAGGAUUUUUGGCAAUUCCUUUCCUGUUGGAGCUGAGGGCACUGACAGACUGGAUGUGGACAGACACCACUCUUGCUUUGACCAGCUGGUUGCAAAUGGAAGAUAUAUACGCUAACGUGUUUGUGCUCAAGUGCUGGAGGAAAAUUGAACAUGACAGUCCAACUCCACGAGCGAUUCCCCGACAUCCAGUUGUGAAGUAUGGAUUGGGAGGUCUCGUACUCUUCCUUCUCAUCUUCAUCAUCUGGCUGCCUCUUCUCCUCUUCUCCAUGUCAAGUAGCAUCUACGAGCCCAACCCUCCCAUCGCUGUCAGGUUCCAGUUAAGUGUCGGUGGUUACAUGUCCUCUCAGCCGAUCUUUAAGACAUCUAUCAAUAGGAACCAACUCUCGCCAAUCGACCCCAAGGAAUAUGUCAACUUGAAGCAGAUUUACAUGCACAUACCUAGAGCACUAGCAUUUUUGAACGCCUACCGGGAAGAUGAUGUUUACAAAAUAUCGAUUGGCAAUACGUCGUCAUCAACCUGGGAGAUCAGCUAUCCCACCGAGAAGAAACUCUUGGAAGACCUGAAAAGCAUGAGGAACAUGAGUUUCUCCGUUGAUAUCACCAUAACCAGGGAUCCACCAUUAAACGGAUUAACAGAGCGUGAGGUGUCGGUACACUUCACGCGUCCAAUGGAUCCGGACAAUCCCAAAGACAGGGAUGCACUCAAUAAGACUUUCAGGAUGAUUAAUGGAUCCUACAAAGAAUCAGUGACGAUAGAGAAUUUGUUUCCGAGAUACUUGACAGUGCCAUCGAGGAAGAGUGUCAAUGAAUCUGGACUCCUCUACCACGGUGAGAGUAGCAAGCUGGCUCACAGAAGCGACAUCACACUGUCACUGCACCAGAACAAGAACGACAAAUCACGCUGGUGGGAACUGAAAGAGAACUGCUUCAGAGAGAUGAGGGAGCACGAUUUGUCCGUCUGCAACUCCGGGCGCGGUUCUCUCAUCGUGGCGUUCAGCGAGCGCAUACCAAAGGGCGUCCUCACCUACGUCAACAAUUUUGGAGUGAUCGGUCUCUACGUUUCUGUCAUCCUCGUCAUCGGCAAGUUCGUGCGGAUGCAGUCGGUCGGCAACAUCCAGAACAUCAUGUUCACCAGUCUGCCCUAUAUCGAGAGGAUAUACGGCCUCUGCACGGAUAUCUAUCUAGUCAGACAAGCGCGCGAGUUUGCGUUCGAGGAACUUUUGUUUGCGAAAUUGAAUUUUCUGCAUCGGUCUUCUGAGACUAUGAUUGCGUGGACCAGAUAUCCUAAGCCUAAAACUGACUGAUGAUGGUUGAUGAUGAUAUAUCGUAGCUUUAUAUACUUACAUAGAUAGUAUUGAUAGCAUUUAUAUGUAUAUAUACAUAUAGAUUUUUCUACAAUCUUGUACAUAAAAUCGAACUUAUACUCACCUCUUAUGUAAAGAUGGAUAUUGAAAAGAAAUAACAAUCAGUUAAAAAACAAUUGUU